CUCUAUAAACGAGGAGAGGUAAAUAGGUCCUUUCAAAAGCGAUGGUUUGUUCUGAAGGGGAACCUUCUCUUCUACUUCGAGAAGAAAGAAGACAAGGAACCAAUGGGAGUCAUUAUCCUGGAACACUUCAGAAUUGACCUGUGUGAUGCCGAGGAGCCCAACAGCUUCAAGAUCGUGUUCCUGGGCGCCGCCGGUCGGGAGUACAUCAGUGCGCGCCGAGACCCACGAGCUGAUGGAGGGCUGGAUGAGGUCCAUCUCGUCUGCCAGCUACGAGUACAUCACACUCAUGGUCGCUGAGCUGCAGAAGAAGCUGGACGAAAUCACAUCCAACGCGUCGGCGACCAGCCGCCUGGUGGAGGUGGAGGAGCCGCCGACGGCGCCACCCCGCCAGCGGCGCGUCAACCCAUUCCACCAGAGCGAGCCGCCGCCGCCCGGCCUGGCAGCCAGCUUCAGUGCGCUGCACGACGAGCUGGGGCGCGUCAUCCGCUACGACCGCGCCAACUGGCUGUCGUGCCGCGCGCCGGCCGAGCAGGCGCCGCUGAUACAGCUGUGACUGCGCCCGCCGCGGCAGUGGGCGGCGCCCGGCGGCGACGCCCCGAGACUGAUCUCCCUCUCGGUCUGGGACGUGUGCGUGGGAGUGCUGCGCGAUGGGGCGGGCUGGGGGUGGAGGGGAGGGUUGGCGUGUGGCACCGGAACCGGAUCCUCUGGGCCACCGAAGCGUGUCCUGGUGAUGCCGCCUGCUGCCGUGGAAGAUGCGGUCACGUGCUGACUGUCGCUGCUGUGAUGUGUGAUACAUCCGUAGAAGGAAAAAUGCUGUCAUUUCAGGUGCGCGAGGCCGGCAAGACUGGCUGCCGUCCGUAAAGUGCGCAAUUGUGGCAACGUGUCGCCACCGGCCCCUGUCAGUGCUGGAAAGGUUCGCGGAACUGUGCCUCACCGCACCAUCGUCAUGUGAUAAUCGCUGCAUUCUUUUAGCUAGCGGCCAAUUUUAACACGGUAUUGUUAUAUUACGGCAUUUGGUAGAUAUUGAUGCAGCGAUGUCAAUUAUUAGCAUGCAGCCCGUUACAAAAAGACCGCGUCGUUACAUUACCGAUAUUUCCUCUCACAUAUGUGUGAGGUUACACGCCUGGUAAGGUACCUGCGGUAUGUUAAAAGCCAUGUUGUAGGCAAGAACACCAAGCUUUUCUCUGCAAACGAGAAAGGCGUACAAAGGGUUUCCCCUGGCGCACGCCGAAGAACCUGAUAUUUGUUGUGUUCUUUAGCAUUUCUGUGUGGGAGCGCCUGGUUGUUUGCCAUUUCGAUCCUGCUCCGUUGUCCAGUCCCGCAUAUGGUGAAUAUUAUUGGUCGUAUAGUUUGAUUGAAUUCACUGUUGUGAUCACACGCCAGACCAUAUCAUCGAAGAGAUCCAUACCAUACUGACCGCCUUAUGGUGUACUUAAUAAACGCAGUUAUGGACAAGACCUUGUGGUACGUAACAAAUCAUGGUACGCCUCUGGGUGUGCCUUCCGUGUUUGGAGGGAAAUACAUCGCAGCUGA